CGGAGCUGUAAAAGGCGGCGAGCAAGGCUGAAGUCUUCACUUAGCACAUCUGCCUCUGGGCCAGCGGCUGGAGCCAGAAACACGGCGAACCGAUCCGGGACGGGUCCCUCUUUACAGGACGAAUGAUAUCCUUCGGACGGAAGACGCCACGUUGGAAAAACUGAGCUUUAACCUGCAGAUGAAAGGAAAAGAAAUGCUUUGCCUACGUGACUCUGGCGACUGCUUACGGGAGCAGACGCAGUACAUGAUGAGGUCACUGCAAGACCUGAAACAACUGCGGAGGACCUGCCCAGCAGCCAGGAAACCCCUCGCUCCCAUCAAUACCCAGUCUCCGGCAUUAGCUUUGCAUUCUGCACUGGCGCAUGCUUGUCAGCAGCGAGCAUUGCAACGAGAACAGCGCAUACGGCUGCGGAUGUCUGACGCCAGCACAGCCAGUUCCUGUGACUCCACCUGCUUCCUGGAAAGUCCUCUGGAGGAGGAGGAGGAGGGUGACGACUCAGGCACUCAGCUGGGCCUGAGCUUCAGACUAAGUCUGGGCUCUCCCUGCAGUCAGAAGAGUCUGGAGUUUGAUUCAGGUUACUCUGAAGGAUCGUGGCAGGAUGAAGGCGUUGUUCUCAGGAGGACAAGGAAUGUGCGGGUGUCUUCGUCGGCCUGCCUCCGCACAAACAGAGCACCAAGUGGACGUAUCCGGCCUAAAUCCACAUCUGACGCCUGUCUAGAGAGGUGGACAUCGUUUGAAGUCAGUGACCCAGAGGACUGGACAAACUCGUUGUUGACCAGGGGACGCAACCGUCACCCACUGGUUCUGGGAGACAACAGCUUUGCAGACCUCAUACAGAACUGGAUGGACUUGCCAGAUUGCCCUGAGCCCACAGAGCUGAAGACGGUUUCAAGACAUCGACUUGGAAGAGGUUUCUUUGUCAACAUGAGAAAGAAACUAGCUGGGUUUUCUAAGAGCGUGGAGGACAGAGUGAGGAUGCGAUCCACAGACUCAGCUCAUGUUAACAGAACUGCAAAUGCUCCAAAACGUCUGUCCUGUCCAGCUGUGGCAUCACAGGCCAAAGUCCCCUUUUUCCACCAGUCCCACUCAGGCAUCAAUGAGCUGGACACAGACUUUUACAACUUUGCAGCCCUCUUGAAAUCAGGCAGCCGAAAGCCCAUAAUCUGCAAAGAUAUCAUUGGCUACAUCUGACGUGUUUGUUUUUAUGUAAAGACUCAGAGUCACUUUAUUUUCAAAUGAAUGUGUUGUUUUUUUUCACUUUUUUAUAUGCUGUGAUUUAGAAAUAAAACUUGUCACAACUCUA